AUGCUGGAUGGACACCUCCUUCUGGGAUGGCUCUCCUCCUGCGCGCUCCUAGUGCUGCUGGGCGGCGCCCCGGGACCCUCCGCCGCCUACUUCGGGCUGACUGGGAAUGAACCUCUGACCAUCCUCCCUCUGACUUCAGAAAUGGAGGAAGCUGCCGUCAAGGCCCAUUAUAAAGUGUGCGACCGCCUGAAGCUGGAGAAGAAGCAGCGCAGGAUGUGCAGGCGGGAUCCAGGGGUGGCAGAGACCCUCGUGGAGGCCAUCAGCAUGAGUGCCCUGGAGUGCCAGUACCAGUUCCGCUUCGAACGGUGGAACUGCACCCUCGAGGGGCGCUACAGAGCCAGUCUGCUGAAGAGAGGUUUUAAGGAAACAGCCUUCCUUUAUGCCAUUUCCUCGGCCGGGCUCACCCACGCCAUGGCCAAGGCCUGCAGCGCUGGGCGCAUGGAGCGCUGCACCUGCGACGAGGCUCCCGAUCUGGAAAACAGAGAGGCCUGGCAGUGGGGCGGUUGCGGUGACAACCUCAAGUACAGCAACAAGUUUGUCAAGGAGUUCCUAGGGAAGAAAUCCAACAAGGACCUGCGAGCCAGGGUGGACUUUCACAACAACCUCGUGGGCAUGAAGGUCAUCAAAGCUGGUGUGGAGACUACUUGUAAGUGCCAUGGCGUGUCCGGAUCCUGCACUGUCCGAACGUGUUGGCGGCAGCUCUCUCCGUUCCAUGAGAUCGGCAAGCAGCUGAAGCAGAAAUAUGAGACGUCACUCAAAGUGGGCAGCACCACCAACGAGGCCACGGGGGAAGGGGACAUCUCGCCACCCAAGAAAUCCACCCCUGGCCACAGCGAUCAAAUCCCAAGGACUACAGAUCUUGUCUACAUUGACGAUUCCCCUAGUUUCUGUCUGAUGAGCAGGUAUUCGCCUGGGACUUCAGGAAGGAAAUGUUACAAGGACAAGAAUUGCGAGAGCAUUUGCUGCGGCCGAGGUCACAACACACAGAGCAGGGUGGUCACACGGCCGUGCCAGUGCCAGGUUCGCUGGUGCUGCUACGUAGAGUGCAAGCAGUGUACUCAAAGAGAAGAAGUUUAUACCUGCAAAGACUAA